AUGUCUGACUUCAAAGCCAUGAUAGGCUCUUUUGGCUUCGGCCUGGUGAAUUGGCUAUUCUCUUUCCCUGCGUUCUGGACCAUCGACACUUUCGGUCGCCGAAGUCUACUCCUUUUCACGUUUCCCCAAAUGACUUGGACACUCCUUGCUGCUGGCCUCUGUACUCUUAUUUCGAAAGACACAGGAGAUCUUCGUACUGCUCUCAUAUGUCUUUUUGUAUUCCUCUUUGGCGCCUUCUACUCUCCUGGCGCGGGCCCCGUUCCAUUCACAUACGCCGCCGAAGUCUUUCCCCUUUCCCACCGAGAGACAGGUAUGGGCUUUGCCGUGGCCACUUGUUUCUUCUGGGCCACUGUCCUUGGCAUAUCAUUCCCCUUUGUCCUUGAGCAACUUCAGACCGUUGGUGCCUUUGGUCUAUAUGCAGUGUUCAAUCUGAUCGCUUUCAUCAUGAUCUUCUUCUGGGUUCCUGAGACGAAACAGCGGACUCUCGAAGAGCUUGAUUGGGUAUUUGCUGUGACUACAGGGAAAUUUGCUUCACAUCAGCUUCGUGUUGCGCUUCCGUAUUGGUUCAAGCGGUCGGUGCUUUUGAAGAAGGAUACUACUAACAAGCCUCUUUAUGAGUUUGAGAUUGUUGAUGGCACUGGUACCUGCGAAGCUAAGGGUGCGAGCGAAAGAGCAUAG